CGCCGCUCCGCCUCCGUCACUUGCAGUGCUGUGCGCUCCAGAGGCCACGGAGAGUGAGUGUGAGAGAGAGAGAGAGAGAGAGAGAUGGGCCAAGAGAUGGUAGAGCGGCGUGUGUCCAGGUGGUAUUUUGGGGGUUUAGCCUCCUGCGGGGCAGCAUGCUGCACUCACCCACUGGACUUAAUCAAGGUUCACCUGCAGACACAGCAGGAGGUGAAGAUGCGAAUGACUGGAAUGGCAAUCAGUGUCAUAAAGAAUGAUGGUUUUCUGGCUUUAUAUAAUGGUUUAAGCGCCUCAUUGUUUCGACAGAUCACCUACUCACUAACUCGUUUUGCAAUCUAUGAGACUGUAAGAGACCGCCUGACUCAGGAUAAUAAGGCACCACUCCCAUUUUAUCAGAAGGUGCUUCUGGGAGCAGUUGGGGGUUUCACUGGUGGAUUUGUAGGAACCCCGGCAGACAUGGUUAAUGUCAGGAUGCAGAAUGACGUGAAGCUACCAGCACAUCUAAGACGCAAUUAUGCCCAUGCCGUGGACGGCAUGUUCAGAGUCAUCCGAGAAGAGGGAUUCAGAAAGCUCUUCUCAGGGGGCACUAUGGCAUCAAGCAGAGGAGCCCUGGUGACAGUGGGGCAGUUGGCUUGCUACGAUCAGGCAAAGCAGCUGGUUCUAAACACUGGAUUCAUGUCUGAUAACAUAUUCACCCAUUUUCUGGCCAGCUCCAUUGCGGGUGGAUGUGCCACAUUUCUGUGUCAGCCUCUUGAUGUUUUGAAAACUCGGUUAAUGAACUCUAAGGGGGAGUACCGGGGGGUUGUUCACUGCACUUUGGAAACUGCUAAACUGGGACCAAUGGCUUUCUAUAAGGGCCUAGUGCCAGCCGGAAUCAGGCUUAUUCCUCACACUAUUUUGACUUUCGUGUUCCUGGAACAGCUGAGGAAUUAUUUUGGGAUAAAGGUCCCAGCUUAAUACUGGAGAAGGGGAGGUUCUCAAUGCCUUUCCUUCAUUUUGCAUCAACCAAACAGUAUAUGUUUGUGUAUGUUUCACGUUAGGACCACCCCCAACCCCCCAUUUACACUGCCAUUUGUGGGGUCUGCCUUGUACUGUGUAGAAAUUGGGAUGUUUUUUUAUCCUAUGCCAAAUAUAUAGUCCUUAUGUUUUGUUCUAGGUCCCAUGUCUCAUUAAUUUCUUUUAUGACCCAAAAAUGGACACAUAAACCUUAUUGCAGAAAAACAAGCUAAAGGCGAUACUUGACUUUUUAGCUACCUCUGGGCAAAGCUGGUGGCAAUGUAACCCUGGGGUUAGGUGCUGCAUAUGCUCUUUUUUAAGGUGUAGUAGAGGGUGCCAGACUACUGUCAGGGUUAACAUUAACUAAUGUUUCUUAUUAGCUGUAAACGGAAUUGUUCUGCUGAUUAUAAUUAUCGAGAAUCACUGACCUAUUAAUUUAGAGCACUAGGACAUGUUUCAUUCAGUAAUAAUCUAGGGCAUUUCACAGAAAAGCAAGUAAAGAAGAUUAAUUAUUUGAAAAGUAAAAAAAGAACCCAGUGUUUAAUAAUGUAAAGAUCUUGUCUUUGUGACUGUAAUAUAAUAAAUGAAUAGAUUUUUUUCAUGAA